AUGCUGAAGCCCUUGGUGGAGAAACGGCGCCGGGACCGUAUCAAUCAGAAUUUGGAGGAACUGCGUGUUCUUCUCCUGCAGAAAACUCAAUGCCAGACCCUGAAGAACCCCAAAGUGGAGAAGGCGGAGAUCCUGGAGCUCACCGUGGAAUACCUACAAGAGAGGAACAAGGCAGCAACUCCGCAGGGUGCGAAUCCUUCCGAAGAUGUCAGCCUACAGACUUGCUACGCCAUGGGGUUCCGGGCGUGUUUCGGACACCUGGCCUCCUUCAUCCGCCGAAGCCCCCUGUCGGUCCAGAGACACUUGUGGGAGACGCUUCACGUCUACCUCGCUGCCACGUUGGAUCCGUCCCCUCCGGAUUGGACCCCUUCCACGUUUUCUCCCAGUUCUUCCUCCGAGGAAUCUCCCGCCGGGACCCCCGAGGUUUCCUGCUCCCCGUUGCAACCAAACCGAACUUUUGCAAGCUCAGGCAUGGCUUCCUGCAGCACAGGACACCUGGGAAGGCAGAUAAGAGACCCCCGCACUCCUGAAAGGGAAGCCUCGGACAAAAACGUGUCCCUGCACCCCACUUUCUGGCGUCCUUGGCCCUAA